UGGUGUUGGCAUCAGAAGCAGCCAAUGCAGACUCGAGUAUAUGGACGGAAGAAAAAUGCUAAAACAGGAAACUUUGGAGCCUCUGUAGAAAGAUUCCGGCAGAGGAAUCAAUACCCAGAAAGGCUCUGGAGAUUGCACCUCCUUACUUGGGAGUGUUCCAUUGUCUUAUCUGGAUUGGUUUCUAGUGCUGAGAGGAUGAGACAGCCAAGGUUGCUGUGCAAACUGAGGGGAUUGAAGGGCCACAAAGGCUGCAACAUCGCAGGACAAGAGUUUCCACCUUGGCACCAGAUGGUGUUGUACAAGUGCGGCAAAGGCUCAAGUUCAUGCCGCAGUGGUAGUAAACUCUUUACAGCAAUAUGUGCGGAGAGGAUUUUGUGGUCGUUGCUCCAUGACAUUGACAGAGAGUUUGAUACCAACACUGAGAUCCAAAGCAGAUUCUACAAAGUUUGGGAACAAUAUACAAAGAAGUAUGGCAAGCAGGAGUUGCAAUUCAAAUCGAACUUGCAGAUUGAAAAUACAAAAACUGUGAAUAAGCAUGGUGGUUGGGGCUCUGUGCUAUCUCAUUCUAUUCAAGGGCAUGGAGAUAUACUGAAUGCAGUUGCUGGACUGUUUGGGAGACAUAAUGCACAACAAGGUCACGAGAAGGGAAAUUUGACCGGAGGCCAUGUAUACAAGUCACGAGGGUUUAUGCUGGUUGUGGAAGAGUGGUAUGAUGCUAUUACAAGUGCAGAGAUACAAUCCGAGAAUGGUCCAACAAAUACAGAAAUAUAUCAUGGGUUGAACACAAGUGUCUCCGCCAUGAAAUCACGGCGAUCGUUGGUCUCACCUUUGUUGAGCUUUGCGGGCAAUCAAAGAGAUCCUUCUUCAUCUUCUUUGAAGAUGCUGCUACCGAUCAAAGCCAAUGAUCCUAAAGCUCGACUUGUUUUACAGGCGGUAUCAGAUUCAAAAUUCAGCUCAGAGAUGAGUGGUGUCUCAAAGGAGGAGGAGAAAUCUGAUGAAUAUAGCCAAGACAUGACUCAAGCCAUGGGUGCUGUUUUGACCUACAGACACGAACUAGGGAUGAACUACAACUUUAUUCGUCCAGAUUUAAUUGUUGGAUCGUGCUUACAGACCCCUGAAGAUGUUGACAAGCUUCGUAAAAUUGGGGUCAAAACCAUAUUUUGCUUGCAACAAGAUCCAGACUUGGAAUAUUUUGGAGUAGAUAUAAGCAGCAUCCAAGCAUAUGCUGACAAAUGUGAUGAUAUUCAGCAUAUUCGCUGCGAAAUAAGAGAUUUUGAUGCAUUUGAUUUGAGAAUGCGUCUUCCUGCUGUGGUUAGUACACUGUACAAAGCUGUUAAGCGAAAUGGAGGAGUUACAUACGUGCAUUGCACUGCUGGAAUGGGGAGGGCUCCUGCUGUUGCGUUGACGUACAUGUUCUGGGUGCAAGGCUAUAAACUUAUGGAGGCUCAUAAGCUACUUAUGAGCAAAAGAUCGUGCUUUCCGAAGCUGGAUGCUAUCAAAAAUGCAACAAUUGAUGUUCUUACAGGACUUAAGAGGAAGACUGUUACUCUGACAUUGAAAGACAAGGGAUUCUCCACCGUAGAAAUUUCUGGCCUUGACAUUGGAUGGGGACAGAGGAUACCUCUGACGCUGGACAAGGGAACAGGUUUCUGGAGCCUAAAGAGAGAAUUGCCUGAAGGACAGUUUGAAUAUAAAUACAUCAUAGAUGGUGAAUGGACACACAAUGAGCUCGAGCCGUUUAUUGGACCUAACAAAGACGGCCAUACCAAUAAUUACGCAAAAGUAGUGGAUGAUCCAACGAGCGUGGAUGGUGCAACCCGGGAGAGGUUAACGAGCGAAGACCCUGAGCUUUUGGAGGAAGAACGAUUGAAACUAAUCCAGUUCUUGGAGACUUGUUCUGAGGCACAAGUUUGAGAGUUGAGAGCAUCCUUUUUAACGCUGUGAAUGCACUUACUAGUAACAAUAAAAUGCUUAUGUUGCUAAUACAUAAAGCUAACGUUUUAUAGCAGAAAACGCAUGAAAUUAGUUGUAUUAUGUUCAAGAAUAUAUACUACAUAGACUUUCAAUCUUUGUUCUUUUUCAUUACAUUUAAAAAUAUUAAAAAAAUUGGAACAACUAUCAAGGACAAUCAGUUCACAACACUCACCAAUGGAAUGUGUGCCCGAAAGUUAACCAAAUAACCUCGAGAGUUACGAUUUUGCCCCGAAAGUUGAAAUAAUUACCAAAUUCCCGCUUGCGCCUCCCAACACUCAGAGAACUGUGGUUCUGUGUAGGUGCGUAGGGUUUUAGUCCAUUUGCAAAGAUGACUCGUGAAUUUUAAUCUCUCUCACUCUCUCUUUCCUUUCUUCUCGCGGUCGCAGUAGGAUAUAUAUAGAGAGAACAAAGAGAGAGAAGAUGCACUCUCUAAAGACAACUUGCGUGGGGCAAAUAUAUGCUCUAGCUAAGCCCCACGAUUCUGUAGGCAAGAGGACGCGUAAUCGGAUUCCCAAAGAGGAGAGAAAGACUCUGGUGGAAUCUUUCAUAAAGAAGCACCAAAGCCUAAACAAUGGGAGUUUUCCUUCACUUAGCCUCACACACAAGGAGGUGGGUGGAUCUUUCUACACCAUAAGGGAGAUUGUUAGAGAGAUUAUCCAGGAAAAUAGAGUUCUUGGAACUAGUGACUUGAUUCUUCAAGGCAAAGGCUUUGACCAUUUGCAAGAUCAGAGUCUGUCAAGUUCAGUCCUGAUGGAUCCUGUGCCCCCUUUAUCUUUGUCCCCAUACGGAUUUCCAUCAGAUUCUUCCGAGGCUCGGGACACUAAGUCACCUGAAAACGGUGAAAACAUUAACGGUAGCCAUGUUGCCUCGGAAGACAGAGGAUCUGAUGUACUGAAGUACAUGGAAGUGAACGGAAAUCAAAUUUCCAAAGAAGACGUAGGGCUGCUCGUACACGAGUCUGUGGGAUCUACUGACAUAUCCAGGACUCAGUUUGCAGCAUCUUGCGAUGAAGAAAAUGAUGCCAAGCAUGAGAAAGGGAUGCAUGAUAGAGUUCAGACAGUAUGUGACAGUGUUGCAACCAAACCUCUGGAUGAAGAGCUCGAGGUGGACAACAAAGACAGAGGAUUUGAGGAAACACCUUUUAUUGAAUCAGGAGGCACCAAACCUGUUAGCAAUGACGAAAUAGUGAAUGAUGCUGGAGCAGCGAUUACCGAAACGGUGAACAUGACGAAGAGUACAUUUGGCACAACUGAUUUGCCAGCAGAAAUAGUUGUUGAGACAUUUCCAAUAAGACCUGUGACUUCAACAUUGGAGUCAUCGGUUGUACAGCCUAGUGAGCUGGAUGAAGUUUGUGAGGGUGGGAAAGGAAGUGAGGCAAAAGUGGAAACUGAUAGCAGCACCGAAACUUCUGUUGAUCUUGGAGAGAUUUCGUCAUCCACUUCUGCUGUAUCUGAAGAACAGGGGACAGAAGUCAUUGUUGGUCAAGUGCCAAAUCAUAUCUCUGUCCCUAUGGAAGAGAAAGUUGAAGGGAAAAUUGUAAAUUCUGCUUCAACAGAUGAUGAAUGUGCUGAUACUAAAGAUACGGUGGUUGCGAGUGCUGUGAUUGACAACAUCCAUGAGAGUAAGGAAUUUAGUAAUGGCGCUUUGACAACUGAACAGCAAAUGCCAACAUCUGGCACUGAGUCUGGAAGUUGCAAGAACGACAUAGCAAAAGUGGACACUAUGAGUAGCCGUGCGAGGAAUGAAAUCACAAGUGUAGAGAAGGCAACCGUGGAAGAAGGGAAACUUGAUGCUUCGGAUAGUUCCAGCUCUCAGAAAGGAAACAUUGCAACGUUAAACAGAAUUAAACCCGAAUCGUGGAAAGGGCAAUCUAAUGUGGCAGGACAAGAAACAAAUCCCCUUUUGGCAGUUCUGAAAUCUUUUUUGACAGCCUUUGUGAAGUUUUGGUCCGAGUAAUAAUAUAUUGUAGAGAUAUGUUGGUUGAGUUUUAGUAGUUUUCUCAUAGAGUUGGUAAGGUUAAGAUGAGAUAUGGUUUGAAUGUGCUGUGCAAUUUUUUGUGUUGAAUGUUAUGGGUUGAAUCAUGUGUUUAAAGUGCAGAUUUAUCAGAGACGAAACAGCAAAAUUCUGAGAAUAAUCCUCUCGAG